UGGCCAAAAUGUAAACCUAAAGAUAAAAAAGAAGAAGAAGAAGAAGAAGAAGGAACUUAUGUUUUUUUUCUCCAAAAAGAAAAAAAAAAAAUUAAUUGAGAAAUGAUAUAGAGUGGUUUGUUUCUUCUUCCUCCUUCAUUCUUCAUCCAUUUCUGACACAUUUUUCUGUACAAAGUCUCUCAUGAACUUUUUCCAUCUCUCCCUCAAUUCUUCUUUGUCCCUUUUCCCCCAAAAGCUUCUCUCCUUUUGAUUCUCUUUUCCCCCAUCAUGCUUCGCAGCUUAAUCCCUCAUUCCCCCAUCAAUUCCACCUCCAAUUCCCCUUCCUCCAUGAAGUCCAAGCGCUCCGACACCGACCCCGCCCCCGCCGACUCCUCCCCCGACCACCAACCUUCCUCCAAGAGGCUCAAUUCCCGCCCCAACAACUUCCCCACCGCCGGUAAGUCUCCCCUCCAUCUCCCAGAAUUCGACGACGACGACGAAGACCCUCCCCUCGUCGACGGUAGCGAGUCCACUGGUCUGCGAUUGCUAGGGCUUCUCCUUCAAUGCGCCGAGUGCGUCGCCAUCGAUAAUCUCCAGGAAGCCAAUGAUCUCUUGCCGGAGAUCUCCGAGCUCUCCUCCCCGUUCGGUACCUCGCCCGAGCGCGUCGGCGCGUACUUCGCCCACGCGCUUCAGGCCAGAGUCAUCAGCUCUUGUCUAGGUACCUACUCGCCGUUAACCAUUAGAACGCUGAAUCAAACUCAAUCGCAGAGGAUUUUCAACGCCCUCCAAUCGUACAAUUCCAUCAGUCCGUUGAUUAAGUUCUCCCACUUCACCGCGAAUCAAGCCAUCUUCCAAGCCUUAGACGGUGAAGAUCGAGUCCACGUUAUCGACCUCGACGUAAUGCAAGGUCUCCAAUGGCCUGGAUUGUUCCACAUCCUGGCUUCCCGGCCGAAGAAAAUCCAAUCCCUACGAAUCUCCGGCUUCGGAUCGUCUUCCGAUUUACUUCAAUCAACCGGACGGAGACUCGCCGAUUUCGCAACAUCCCUAAAUCUGCCGUUCGAAUUCCAUCCAGUGGAAGGGAAAAUCGGAAGCCUAACAAACCCUAAUCAACUGGAAUUGAGAUCCGGCGAAGCAGUAGUAGUUCAUUGGAUGCAUCAUUGCUUGUACGACGUAACGGGAAGCGAUAUAGGUACGCUUAGAUUACUUUCAAGUCUAAAACCAAAAUUAAUAACGAUUGUGGAACAAGAUCUGAGCCAUGGGGGUAGUUUCUUGGGAAGAUUUGUAGAGGCUUUGCAUUAUUACAGCGCGUUAUUCGACGCGCUUGGUGAUAGUUUGGCGAUGGAUAGCGUGGAAAGACAUGUGGUAGAGCAGCAAUUGUUUGGGUGUGAGAUUAGGAACAUUAUCGCGGUUGGUGGACCCAAAAGAACCGGUGAAGUGAAAGUGGAAAGGUGGGGCGAUGAACUGAAACGGGUCGGGUUCAAAGCGGUUUCUCUUGGGGGAAACCCGGCCGCUCAGGCGAGUCUGCUUCUGGGAAUGUUCCCGUGGAAAGGGUAUACUCUGGUUGAAGAAAAUGGGUGCCUUAAACUUGGAUGGAAGGACCUAUCUCUUCUCACAGCUUCGGCAUGGCAGCCCUCUGAUUGAAAGGGGAAGCCCUUCUUCUUCUUCUUUUUCUUUCCUUCUUUUUCUUUCUUUUCUUGCACAGCCAAAAACACAGAACACAACAGAACACAACAGAGGAGAACAGCUUUCCAGUUUGAAGAAUGGGGACAACAUACUUUGUCUUUCCUUUCUGUAAUUGUUCCUUUUUUAUUGUUUUCUUCCAUUGCUAAAUGCUAGCAGAGCAGCUCAUCAAACCAACUUCCUCACACAUUCUUCUCUGCUACUGCCCCCUUCUUCAUUUCUUUAUGUAUAAUAAAUAUAUGUAUGUAUUUCUUUUUGAAGAAUCAUAGUCAUCAAUAAUAUCAUUUCUUUUUUUCCUUUCCUUUU